UUGUCUCUCAAGGAAAGGGCAGGAAAAGGAGGAGGAUCCGGGUUGAGUGAUCAUGGCCGAAGAAGAAGAAGAAAACUCGCAAACUGGGCAAGGUUUGCAGGAACUGGUUGACCAGCUGUACCAUUUUAGAGACCGUUACUUUGAGAGCCACAGUGUAGAAGAUGCUGGGAAAAAGCAACAAGAUGUCCGAGAGAAGAUGGAAAAGACUCUUCAGCAAAUGGAAACAAUGGAAGGCCUCUCUAAGGGUCGGGCUCAGACCCUGAUGCUGAAGGGGAAAGCUUUGAAUGUGUCUCCAGAUUACAAUGCCCAGGCUGAAGAGCUGCUUUCCAAAGCCGUCAAGCUGGACCCAGAACUGGUGGAAGCCUGGAAUCAGCUGGGGGAGGUUUAUUGGAAAAAGGGUGACAUCUCUGCCGCCCAUACAUGCUUUUCUGGAGCUCUCAGUCAUUGCAAGAACAAGGUCUCGUUGCAGAAUCUUUCUAUGAUCCUCCGACAGCUGCGCACAAACUCUGCCGACGAUCAUGCUCAAAACGUGAUGGAUAGCGUGCGGCAGGCUAAACUGGCCGUGCAAAUGGAUGUGCGCGAUGGCCGCUCCUGGUAUGUUCUGGGCAACGCCUACCUCUCCUUGUUCUUCAAUACUGGGCAGAACCCCAAGAUCUCCCAGCAAGCAUCGAGUGCCUAUGCCCAAGCAGAGAAAGUGGAUCCUACUGCAUCUUGCAAUCCUGAUCUACACCUGAAUCGAGCCACGCUGCAUAAAUAUGAAGAAAACUACAUGGAAGCGCUGGAGGGUUUCGCACGGGCCGCAGCUCUUGACCCAGCUUGGUCCGAACCACGGCAAAGAGAGCAGCAGCUCCUAGAUUUCCUAAGCAGGCUAACGAGCCUCCUGGAAAACAAGGGAAAGGUAAAAGGCAAGAAGCUGCAAAGUAUGCUGGGAAACCUGCGUCCCUCCCAACUGGGCCCUUGUGGCGAUGGCCAUUAUCAGGGGUCCUCGGGUCAGAAGGUGAAAUUGGAGCAGCGGCCCCUCAGUGCUUUGCGGCCUGGUGCUAACUCUGGCACGGUUGUGCUGGGAAAGGUGUUAUUCAGCCUGACCACAGAAGAAAAGGUGCCCUUUACGUUUGGCUUGACUGACUCGUUCGAUGGCCCUUGUUUUGCUGUGACUGUUUACAACAUGGCCCAAAGCUGGGGGGUUCUGAUUGGAGACUCUGUGGCUAUUCCCGAACCAUACCUUCGGCACCAUCACAUCCAGCAUCAAGGCAAGAGUUUUGAUUUCUCUGGCAUCCGGGUUGAAACCCCUUUGCUGCUGGUGGUGAAUGGCAAGGUGCAAGGAGCCCAGAGCCAGGCCGCUGCCACUGUGGCCUACCAGGCACAGAGCGAAUGAGGAAGCGAUGGAGGAAGAAAGAGUUUGCAAAGGGAGGACUGCUCCCUCGUUCCAGUGGUGCUUGGCCUUGGGCCUGUUCCUGCUACCUCUUAGAAUAUAUUAAACUUUUGGCAAACUUUGGCU